CCGAGUUCGUUAUUCAAACAAAAUGAUCGUAGAAAUCGUCAUAUUCCUACUAACAAGUCUAGCUGGCUAUUUCUUAUACAGACAUAAAUGGAUACACAGAUAUUUCGAUGAGAGAGGUGUGAAAUAUGUUUCCGGAGUCCCGAUAUUUGGAAACAUUUUUAGGAGUACGUUCCUGUACAAUCACAUAGUAGAUGACCUUGACGCCGUGUACAAAGCUUUCCCCGAUGAAAAAUAUGUGGGCUAUAUCGAGAGCAUAAUGCCCAUAUUCCUAAUCAGAGACCCUGAGCUGAUCAAAACCAUAACUGUCAAGGAUUUCGACCAUUUCGUUGACCAUAAGGAAUUCUUCCCUGAAGAUAUUGAACCCCUAUUUGGAGGCAGCUUGAUUAUGAUGAAAGGAGAGAAAUGGCAUGACAUGAGAACAACUCUUAGCCCAGCCUUCACUGGAUCGAAGAUGAGAAAAAUGAUGCCCUUUAUGACGGAAAUCAGCUCUAACAUCAUUGAACAUUUAAAAGGUCAUAUUAACGAGGUAGUUGACAUGGAGGACCUGAUACGUCGGUACACCAAUGACGUCAUAGCAUCAGCUGCUUUUGGUCUUCAAGUGAACUCAUUGAAAGAUAAAAACAAUGAAUUCUAUAAGACUGGUCAAGAUUUAUUCCAUUUUAAUGUCAAGCAACGGUUCGUUUUCUUCAUGUCGGCUGUAUUUCCUAAACUUUGUAAGAAAUUGCGUCUUAACAUAUUUCCAGCGAAGACCACACAUUUCUUUAGGAAUCUGGUGACCAGCACAAUGGAACAUAGAGAAAAAAACAAAAUUGAGAGACCGGACAUGAUACAACUAUUAAUGGAAGCUUCUAAAGGUUUAUUAAAAUCCGAAAAUGAAGGGACCGACAAUUUUUCACCCAUGGAAGACACCUUUAAGCCUAAAACUCAACAAAGGCAAUGGACACAAAAUGAAUUGGCCGGUCAAGUAUUUAUUUUCUUCGUCGCCGGUUAUGAAAGUUCCGCUACCGCUCUCGUCAUGUGCGUCCACGAAUUAGCUCUCAAUCCUGACAUUCAAGAAAAAUUAUACCAGGAGAUCAGAAGUUUUAAAGAGAAACACGGGGAGUUAACGUUUGAGAACAUAAACACUCUUAAAUAUCUCGACUGCGUAUUGAAUGAAACCUCUAGGAAGUGGGCAGCUGCUCUAAUAAUGGAUAGAGUGUGCAAUAAAGAUUACGAGUUGCCCCCGCCGAGAGAAGGCGCAAAGCCAGUACAACUCAAACCUGGAGACAUUGUCUACAAUGUUGUGAACUCAAUCCACAUGGACCCAAAGUAUCACCCGAACCCUGAGAAGUUUGACCCGGAAAGAUUCUCCGACGAGAACAAACAUAACAUCAAACCGUUUACGUACAUGCCGUUUGGAAUGGGACCCAGGAAUUGUAUCGGAUCGAGGUUCGCUUUGCUUGAAUUAAAAGUACUGAUGUACAACCUAAUACUAAACUACAAGUUAGUUAAAUGCUCAAAGACCACUGAUCCCAUUGAACUGAAAGCUCAUGAAUUUAAUAUUAAGCCGAAAGGUGGUUCUUGGGUGAGACUGGAAGCAAGAAUAUGAUUGAUUUGUUCCUUUGAAACCCCGAUGUUGAAUUUUUAAUAUUAAUAAUCCUUUACGUAUUUCAUAAGGCUUAGGAUAAAAAAAAUGAAAUUAAAU